CUUUGUCGUUCAUUAGUCAUCGUGCGGUGUUUCGCGCAUCGUGCGCUACAAAAGUUCUCGGUCGGCGAUAAAUCGAUAUUAUCGUGAGAUCGAUUUAACGCAAUAGCAGCAGAGCAUAUAAGCAGCACGGCCAGCAGCAGCAUUUUAUAUAUUCCGUUUGCGCUGCUGUCAAAUGGAUAAUGGCGAUGUCGCAGAGCAAUGGGUUUCAAGGGAAAAAGAAAGAGGAUGUCGACAAUAAAGACAAUCUUUGGUCGUCGAUUUUGGCCGAGGUACAGAACAGUGGAAACAACAAAUUACCAUCCAACAAGAAUGUCCUCGUUCUAGGCGAUAACGAAAGUGGCAAAACAACUCUUAUCGCCAAGCUCCAAGGCGUUGAAGAUCCAAAAAAAGGUUCGGGACUCGAAUUUGCAUACAUCGAUGUUCGUGACGAUUACAGAGACGAUCAAACGAGAUUAUCAGUAUGGGUGCUAGACGGAGAUCCUGGUCAUGCAAAUCUUCUGCGAUUUGCCCUGAGCCAGGAACGAUAUCCCCACACAUUAGUGAUGCUUGUUGCUGCUAUGACCACACCUUGGGCCAUUCUUGAUCAGCUUCAAGCUUGGGCAGCUCUUCUCGGUGAUCAUAUCGACAAACUUGGCUUAGAUAACGACACAAGGCAGAAAUGCAGGCAACUCAAUGUAAAAAAAUGGCAAGAUUAUACGGAACCAGGGGAUGAAUUGGAUCCAGGCAGUCCGUUAAGACGCACGAGUCGUAAUUUAGAUGACGAUACUAAUGGCAGUCUGCCAUUACCCGAGGGUGUACUUACGACGAAUUUGGGGCUAGAUGUCGUAGUCGUUAUCACAAAAACGGAUUAUAUGUCGGCUCUUGAAAAAGAGCACGAUUAUAAGGACGAACAUUUCGAUUUCAUGCAACAAUGGAUCCGGCGGUUUUGUUUACAGUAUGGUGCCGGAUUGUUUUACACAUCAGCAAAAGAGGAUAAGAAUUGUGAUUUAUUGUACAAGUACCUUACCCAUAGAAUCUAUAGUUUACCGUUUAGAACACCGGCUCUCGUCGUUGAAAAGGAUGCUGUACUUAUACCUGCUGGCUGGGAUAACAUGAAGAAAAUCAGCAUACUUCACGAGAACUUGCAGUCGAUGAAACCGGACGAUUACUAUCGUUAUGUUAUAGCUCAACCUACGACGAAUAGAAAAUGCGUCGCACGAGAAGUCGAAGUACAAGCGGAAGAGGAGCAAGCAUUUCUCGCCCGGCAACAAGCAGCGUUGUCGGGCCUCAGAGACCCCUCGCGCUCGCCUACGACAAGAAAUCAGGCAAGCACGGGGCCGAUUAUGCAGGUGCUCUCCCCGAACAAAAAGUUGGAUCCUAAAGGAGCCGGUACGACGCCAUCUGGUGAAGGUGUACUAGCCAACUUCUUCAAUUCUCUUCUAUAUAAGAAAACCGGCGCCUCACCGGGCGCCCCGGGUUCGCCGGGUUCACCAGGAAGUAUUGGCGCUAGCCCUGUGCGAAUCGGAGACUCGUUACUUGCAGAUGCUGGGCCAGUCGAUAAAGCAGCGAUGCGAAACGAUGCGGCUGCUGAGUUAGAUCGCAUAACUCGAACGACGAAAGAUCCACCCCCCGACCUCAAUUCUUCUUCAGAGUGUUAGAAAACGUAAAUGGGCUUAGCUGGUUUUUCGGUGACUUGGAAGGGCGCGAGCGUUUUGCAAGGCAUCCGAAAAAUUGCAAGUGGGUUAGUAAAAGGACGAAAAAAGAUCUUCUAUACGACGGCAGCGAUCGAUCCGAAAAAUCGAUGUGAAAGAGUCCUCACCUCUUUCUUUUUGUUGAAAAAUACUUCGAAGAAAAUAAUGGAAAGCCUCGAGAUGACUGUAGCUGUCGGAAACGCCUGCAAGUCUUCGUACAAUAAUAUUGUUCGUCGUUUCUUCGAUUUCCCAGCGACGCAAGGUUUCGCGCUUUUCAUACCAAACAUUUAUCUCCACAAUGUAAUUUUGCUGUUGAACACACUUAUACACAUCCAUAAACACACGGGAAACGAAUCAAGGAAAAGAGCACGAAGAAACGAGAGAGGAAACACUAUUUUUUGCAUGCAUGGGCAAAAAGUAACGGAAAUGCGAAAAAAUACGUCGCACUAUCAAAUUCUACUUAAAAAUUGAUAAUGUAUGAGGUCCCUAUUUAUAAUACUAUUUUUUGCAUGCAUAGGCAAAAAGUAUCGGAAAUGCGAAAAAAGACGUCGUACGGUCGAAUUUUACUUAGAAAUCGAUAAUGUACGAGCUCCUAUAUUUUCCCCGUUUACCUUCGAAAUGAAAUGAAUACUCAAUUUGUAAAAAAAUGUAUUUUCCCCCCAAAUUGGUGGACUCGCACACGCGAAAUGUUCUUCAUUCAAAAAAUCAUACGUGUCUGUUUCUCUAUCCUUCCUGUCAUCGGCUUACAUGAUGGAUGAUUAUUUCUGUAGUUGCGUCCGUCGUUAUUCGGUAAUCAUUAAUUUGGCCGAGAGUGAAAAUAUCAGUGCGAUUGGCGGUGGCUCAAACGUUGGCUCAGUGUCGAUGGUGGACGUUGACGAAACUGAGCUUUCGCACGAAAGCAUCAUGUGCAAUACGACGCAAAGCACUUUUUUUUUACUUCAAUCACGCAUAUAUAUAAAUAUAUAUAUAUACAUUCAAAGACUAUGGCUGGCUUGAGUUUUUAACUGUGUUUGAAAUCCUCGGGGGGCUUCGUCGAGUGUCUCACCUCAAAGUCUCAUUUGCUCAUACUUUUCUACAAUAAUGAUUUAUUUCGAUGCAGGAAUUCGUGAGAUUUCUUAUAUAAACUUUAUGAUGGAAAAAACUCCCAAUUGGAUACGGUGACCCAAAAUUUAUUAUAAAACAAUUGAAAUACGAAACGCUCGAUUUUUUUUUCAAAAUAAAGAAAGCUCUGCUGAUAAUGCUACUAAAGGAACAAAAUUGUAAUAGUUUCCAAAAAAAUUUACGGAGUAACUGCGAGUGAGAGAAGAAAACAAAGGAGAGAAAAAAUAAAAAGAAAAGGAAACAAAACUGCGAGAUCGAAACGAAGAUACACAAUACGCUGCAACUAAAUAACAGCCUUAAUUGUUGUGUUUGACUACGACGUAUACACUAACGAUAUGAAACGAUGAUGAAUAGAAAGAAAAAAAUAUGAAAAAAAUAAAAAAAAUUAAAUAAAAAACAAAACAAAUAUUAAAUUAAUGUAAUUAAAUAUAUAAUAUAAAAAAUAAAUUUGAAUUAUCUUACGCACACAUUGUCCUUGCGCGUCACAUCAUAGUAAAUUAUUUAGUCAUCGUGUUUCAAGACGUUUCCCGUUUUUCUGUUCCCGAAACUGAGCUGAGAGUAAUUGAAGAUUGGAAAUCCUUCCUUUAGUUUUCGUUUUGAAUAUCAUAAGAAAAUAUAUGGAAAGAACCAAUAUUGUAGACCACACUUAUCUCAAGCGUAUUUAAACUCUCGUGUGUGCGUGCAUGUGUGCCUGAACUUUGCGAUUAAUUUUUAUUUCUUCCUUUUUAUAUGGAAAGCCCCGAAGGGUCAAAGCGUAGCUUGAUAUUAUUGAAGCGGUCUAAUUUAGGAAAUAUAUAAAUAGAACACGGUUGAAUACACGUGAGAAAGUCCUGUAAAAUGAGCGAGAAAGAAUUUUAUAAGAGCUGUAUAUUUACGUGAGAUUUAAUUUUUUUUUUUUUCGUAGCUUUAGAUAUUAAACGCUUAUGAAGAAAUUGAAAGGUGAUUUUCAAAACACUAGUUUGAAAGGAACAAAUAAAAUGAAAAGUAAUGAGUACGAGAAUUAAAAAAGGAGCGAAGAAAGCAAAUGAAAACAAUGUGUGUGUGAGAAACCGAAUUGUAUAAUCCUUAUUUCGCAUGAAACUUUCGGAAACAAAAGAAAACAACAACGUGUGCACUGCGAGCGUUGUGUCUUUGCAUGAUGACAGGCGAGCUGCCAUGGAGUCUGAUUAUUAAAUCGAUUUCGUAACGAUACAAAAUAAAUAAUAAUUAAAUAAAUAAUUUUUCAUACAGUCA